AGUAUAUCUGUAACUACAUCAUCGUGAACAAUAAGAGACACCCGAGAACCAAACCUCUGCCUUUUGAGAUUGUGGUGAGGAACAAGCUGACGGGAGCCGCCGAGAUCCGUGUGAGGGAGGGAGAGAAGCUAGACUAUGAGGAGCACCCUUACUACAAAUUUGGUAUCAUGGCAGAGGACUGCGGCAGCCCACCCAAGCAGUCCAGCAAGGCCUAUAUUAUGAUCAAAGUUCUGGAUGUGGACGAAUUUGCCCCAAAGUUUGAUAACGAGUCAUACUUUGCUUAUGUUGAGGAAGACAAGAUGUAUGACUCCAUUGUUCAGAUCCACGCCAGCGAUCAGGACAAGUCUGAGGCUUUUCGAACCAUCUGUGGCUACGAGCUCAUCACACAGGGGGUGCCUUUCGAGAUCACCUCCACGGGCGUGGUGAGGAACAAGGAGCCGCUUAAAUACAGUGUCCACCGGAAUUUCAUUCUUGAGGCUGUUGCCACUGACUGCGGGAAUCGGAGAUCUCAGUCAGUGUUCAUAAAUCUGGCAGUCGUGGAAAAGUGCGUCAGUGGCUGGUCAGGCUUGCAGGACAUCAUCCGAUACCGAGCUGGAUCCGGGCAGCAGAGGCUGGCGGAGGGUGCCAGUUUGAAGCUGUGCGACGGUGACUGCAAACCAACACAGGUCAAUGUGAAGAUUACCCUGACUACGAAGCACAUCGGCAAAGGGUGUGACCGAGACACAUAUUCUGUCAACUCACAGAGGAAGUUGUGUGGUGCUAGUGGCGACAGCGUAGACCUCCUGCCCUCUCCAGACACCGCGGAGUGGUCCCACAACAUCCCAACAGACGAUGGACACGAAAUGGACCAGGUGUUUUCCUUUGACGGCCAGAACAACGCCCUGGAGGUCCCAGAGUCUGUGUUCACUCACAUGCUGCACGACCACUUUACAGUUUCGGUCUGGUUGAGGCAUGGACCUGUCCAGGCGUCCAGCCAGUCAAAAGCACCCAAGGAACAUAUUCUCUGUAUGUCUGAUGGAGAAGGCAUGAACCGUCACCACUACGGGUUGUACAUCCAUGGAGAAAAGCUGGUCCUGCUGCUGCGCAAGGAAGCCGAAGAUGUGGUAUCGCCCGACCAGAUGCAGGCUUUCAGGCCGGCUGAGUUCCGCUGGAGCAUUCCGCAGGUGUCCGAUGACAAGUGGCAUCAUUAUACAGUAAAUGUGGAUUUCCAGGAGCAGAGUAAUGAUGCUGGGGUACACCUGUACAUUGACGGCAAACUGCUGGUGACCAACAAAGACAACUUUGAAAUCAUUCGACGACUGGCCUCUCCACAAGACCAGGAAAGUGCAUACAACGAAGCUGACAGUCGGUGCCUGCUGGCAAG